UUUUAAGCUCCAAAAUACAGAUGAAAAUGUGGCACCACUGUCUGCGAGAUACACAAUUAAGCAUAACGAUAUCAAUUGUUUACGCGGUUCGUGUGAGAAAUAUGCCUUCAGAGAUGCCGUAUACGGACGUCCAUCGUGUAUUUCUACAGGCUCUGGAUCAUCAUGGCACAAUGAGCGCCAAACAAGCCUACAAAGCGUUGCUAGGCGUGUACGGAAAGUAUCACGAUGAUGAAACCAUGCCCACCGAAGACGCUGUACCGGAAGUGGUAGCUACUAUUAACGGAAAACUGCAUCGAUACGGCCAACGUGUAGCAUUUGUGCACUAUGAGCCCCUCGGUGUAGAUUUUUAUGUGUUCUGUAAUCAAACAGAAAGUGCCAUCGAUCGGUUUCAAACUUGCUAUACAGAAUCCGAGAUUGCCCUAUUCCGCCUAAUACUUCGAGAGAUGGCCUGCAGCGAAGACCAUAAACUACGUCCAAUAGUCUGUCUCAAUUUGACCACAAAUAUUGUUGGAAAAUCGGUCAGUAAGAUGCGGGCCGAAGAGCUGCUGGAAGAGUGGGAAAAGUUAGGCUACUUCGUGCAGCUUGAUGGUAUGUGGUGUUUUGGACCUCGCAGUACGACGGAAUUCGGCUGGUAUCUGAACCAGAAUCACGGCGAGCAAAUGCACAAGUGUAAACUGUGCAGUGAGCUGGUGUUUUAUGGAAUACAGUGCCAAAAAUGUCCGCUAUCAUUCCAUCGUGAAUGUAUGAAGAAGUAUCUGCGAAGACUUUCCAAAUGCCCUGGAUGCAACGAGCUCUGGGCGGUACCUGUCACUGCUUAAAAUUUGAAUUGGUAUGAAAAUAUUUUUGUUGCGAUAGAUGUUAUGUUUAAUAAAUUAUAAUAUAAGCUUGAAA